CCGGGUCUAACCGGGUCUGACCUGGUUUAACCGGGUCUAACCGGGUAGUCCAGAGACAGAACCAGAAUGGACGCCUUCAAUAAGCUGACCGGGCUGCUGCUGCGCGCUCUCGAGACGAGGGAGCCCACAGUGGACCUGUUGUCCUCGUUUAUUGACCACUGGAAAUCAAUCACUAAUUACUACAUGGAGACGACAGAUGACAAUUGUCCUGCGGGACAGACGGACAUCCCCUGGAACCUCCGACAGAUGGUGGACAUCUUGGUGUACGAGGAAAAGCAGCAGGAUGUGGAGGACACGGGACCCUGUCUGGAGUACCUGCUGCAACACAAGCUGCUGGAGACUCUGUGCACGCUGGGGAAGGCACAGUAUCCUCCAGGGAUGCGUCAGCAGGUUCUGCUGUUCUUCUUCAAGUUCUUGUCUCAGAUGCAGAAACCUCUUCUGCAGUUGAUAAACGUUUACAGACCUGUGCAGAAGCUGAUUGGUCUCUGUGGUCUUCCUGGUUCCGACACUGAGAAGGAGGAGACUCAGUUCCUGUUGGUCCUCUGCUCCAGAAUCAAGCAGGAGCCGCAUGCGCUCGGACACGUCUUAGAGCCUAUCAACCAGCCGGCAGCUUCCAGCCAAUCACAGAGCAUCGCACGCUCCAAUCACAGCACAGAUCCAGAGACACUCUCCACCCAGUCACGGUGUUCCCAGGCCAGUCCGGUCCAGCCAGAGUCGUCCCGGUCCAGUCCGGUCCAGCCCGAGUCGUCCCGGUCCAGUCCGGUCCAGCCAGAGUCGUCCCGGUCCGGUCCGGCCCGGCCAGAGUCGUCCCAGUCCGGUCCGGCCCGGCCAGAAAGCGGCCUGCUGUGGGCUCUGCUGCAGCUGAGCGGGAGUCGGCGAGGGCCGGUGAGGUCCAGGGCCUGCGAGGGACUGCUGCUGCUGGCAGGGCUGGCCGGUCCAGAGGGGGCGCUGCUGAGCGCUCAGACCCAGCUGGGGCCGCUGCUGGCCGGGAGGCUGCAGGAGCUGUACUCCCUGCUGCCCCAGGAAGACGCCGCCGCGCUGCAGAACUGGAGCUCUCGGCCCUGGAGUGCUGGUCUCAGGUCAGAGUCUCCGGAUCACAUGAGUGACUUCUUCUGCUGGUUGGACUUCCUGGAUCAGCUGACCAGAGACGCUCCGCAGGUGCUGGCCGUGCACGUGUCCCAGUGUGUUGGUCAGCUGUUCCUGGUGGAGACUCUUCAUCCUCAGCUCCUGAACACGUGUGAGCAGGUGGUGCUGGUCUCCACCUCCGUCCUCUGCGCUGCUGUCAGACUGAUCCAGUCCUGGUAUCUGUUGGACCAGUUGGUCCACUUCCUCUUGAGGACAAAGUCUCUGACUGAGCUGAUGCUGCAGCACUGUGACCACAUCAGUGACCAGAUCAGCAUGGUCUCUCUGUCUCUGGUGGACGAGCUGCUACAGAAGCCUCACAGGGACAUUUUGGAUGUCCUGGUAUUGAGAUAUCUGUCCAGCCGCAGUUAUCUGUCCUGGCCUGCUACAGGACAGGAGGACGCUCCCCUCCACCCCAGCGAGGACAGCGCUGACAGCGAGGACCUGGAGGAAGACCCCUUCUUCUCCCACCCCCCUCCUGAGUGUCCUGCUGCUGCUGCUCUGGGAUCAGCUGAAGACGUUGUCAGCAGUUUCCUGUGUCUGGUUCCGGUCCAGGUCCGGUCCGCUCAGCUGCAGCAGGAGGGAGGGUGUGAGUUCUACGUGCACGAUGCGCACACACUGGUGACUCAGUGUCAGGCCCUGUCUCUGUCCUGGGACUGGCCGGAGAUUCUCCCCGUCCCCGGUUCCAGCUCAGCGGAGCAGGUGUUUGUGGAGGGCCAGCUGCUGAAGGUUCUGCUGGACCGCCUGGGCCGGAUCCUGGAGCAGCCCUACGAGCUGAACCUGCAGCUGACGGCCAUCCUGUCCCGCCUGUCGGCCUUCGGCCACCCCCUGCUGCACGAGUACCUGCUCAACCCCUACACCCCGCUGAGGGACGGAGCCCGGUCCAUGUUCUCCGUCCUGGUCCGGGUGGUGGGGGAGUUGAUGCAGAGGAUCCAGCAGGUUCCUCAGCUGUCAGAGAGACUGCUGGAGGCCCGGAGACACCUGCUGGGACUGAACACCAGCUCCAGGUUGGAGCACCUGACGCUGGUCAGAGGGAUCAUCGUCCUGGAGGAGUUCUGCAAGGAACUGGCCGCCAUCGCCUUCGUCACGCUGCCGCUGGACCACGACUCAGCAGAACCAGGACUGACUCAGCCGGGGGAGAGCAGUGACUCAGCACUGACGGACCAGGACCAGGACCAGGACCAGGACCAGCUGUUCACCUGAGGCAGCAGAUUCACCUGGCUGAACCAGGGACGGGUAGUCUCACCUGGACUCAGGUGACAUCACUGGUUCCCACAUCCGUCAGCUUUAGAGCUGAAGGUAAAGAACUCCUGCUGGACAACCAUGUUUUAUCUUGGACUUGAGAAGCUCCACCACCCGCCCUCCAGCCGGACCUGCACACCAGCAGGUGGACGGAUGUGCGGGUGUCGCCGUCCCGGCUUCACAGGAACCAAGCAGACACAGAACAGGAACCCAAAGUGUGCAGUGGUGGACGAUGAGACAAACCAGGAUUUACUCCAGGUGUUUGAUCCCAUCGGGUUCUUAUCAGCUUUUAAUGUACGUAUUUUCUGGACUAUAAGCCAC